AUCAGGGCCGCUGCUGCCUUGGGUGGUAUCGAAAUUGAAUUACCUGCCCAAUAUGAGCACUAUGUCGACAACAAGAAGCCAGAAUUCUUGUCAAAGUUCCCCCACGGCAAAAUCCCUGCUUGGGAAGGAAAGGAUGGCUUCAAUCUGUUUGAGAGCCAGGCCAUCGGGCGCUAUGUGGCUGCUCUUGCACCAAACUCUGGCCUUCUUGGACACACACUCCAGGAUGCAGCUCUUGUCGACCAAUGGAUCCAUCUUGUGGAAUCAGAGGUUGACGUUUACACUGAUUUCAUCCGUGGCAUUUGCACCGGUGUUGUCCCUUACAAUAAGCCUACCCAUACCUUUUUUGUUGAGCGCCAAAACCGCGCCCUCGACACCCUUGAGGCACACAUAUCCACGCGCACCUUCUUCGUAGGCGAACGUAUCACUCUCGCCGAUCUCUACAUUGCCGUCCUCAUUCAAAAAGCUGUGGAUGUCACUAUCGAUGCGCCACUGCGUGCCAAACUCCCAAAUCUCAUCAGGCAUCUAGAGACCGUCUCCAACCAACCCAAGGUCAAGGAGAUCUACGGCCCCAUCGUCUACGCCGAGAAGGCCAUUCAAUUCGUGCCCCCCGCGAAAGAGAAGGCGCCUAAGCCUGCUGCCGCUCCUGCUGCUCCCAAAGCCGAGAAGAAGCCCGAGAAGAAGCCCAAGGCCAAGGAAGCUGAUGAUGAGGAAGAGGAGCCUCUCGUGCCUGAGGAACCCAAGGUCAAAAACCCUCUUGACGACCUCCCCAAGUCGACCUUUAACCUCGAGGACUGGAAACGCGCUUACUCCAACAAGGAGACCCGUGGUGCUGGCGGUGCUCUUGAGUGGUUCUACCAAAACUUUGACGCUGCCGGGUUCUCCGUGUGGAGGGUCAACUUCAAGUACAACAGUGAACUCACCCAGACGUUCAUGUCGUCCAACCAGAUCGGCGGAUACUUCAACCGUCUCGAGGCGUCCCGCAAAUACCUUUUUGGUUCCGUUGGUGUCCUUGGUCAAACCAACGACUCUGUUAUCUCUGGUGCCCUCAUCCUCCGUGGUCUCGAGGUGAAGCCUGUCGUGGACGUCGCCCCCGAUUGGGAGUCGUACGAGUACGUCAAGCUUGAUCUCGCCAAUGAGCAGGACAAGGCAUUCUUUGAGGCUGCGCUUGCUUGGGAUCUGGAAGUCGAUGGUAAGAAAUGGGUGGAUGGAAAGAACGUGAGUAGACUCUCUUGGCUCCUCGAUAACACUCAAAUGACGUUCACUUUCUGCUCUAGUUCAAGUAAACGUGCAGAGUUAAUGUAG